AAGUGAGCCGUAGAGGCAUGUUGUCUGGUACUCUAGCGGUGUGUUUUGCUUCACCUUGUUCUGAGUAAGUGCCAGCUCUUUCAACAAGAGGAGAACUUCUCCCCCAAGCUUCGCUGUCUCCUCUGAACCAUGGAGGCUCGGGCGCAUUACUCCCGGGAGGAGAUCAACAGCACGGUGUGGGAAGUCCCGGAGAAAUACACCCGGCUCAAACAAAUAGGCACCGGGGCGUACGGCACCGUGUGCUCAGCCAUAAAUGAGAAGACUAAAGAGAAAGUGGCCAUUAAGAAGCUCCACAGGCCCUUCCAGUCAGAGAUCUUUGCUAAGAGGGCCUACAGAGAGCUCCGGCUGCUCAAACACAUGAAGCAUGAAAACGUGAUAGGACUUCUUGAUGUGUUUUCACCUUCCUCAAGCCUCGAUGACAUCCAAGACUUCUACCUGGUGAUGCCUUACAUGUUUACUGACCUGUCGAAGGUGCGAGGGAAUCUUACAGAAGACAAAGUCCAGUUUCUCGUCUACCAGAUGCUCUGUGGACUCAGGUACAUUCACAAGGCUGGAAUCAUCCACAGGGAUCUUAAGCCUGGAAACUUGGCUGUAAACCAAGACUGUGAACUGAAGAUCCUGGACUUCGGCUUGGCUCGCAGCACUGACGCUGAGAUGACAGGCUACGUGGUGACUCGUUGGUACCGGGCGCCUGAGGUCAUUCUGAACUGGAUGCACUACACCCAGACUGUGGACAUCUGGUCGGUGGGCUGUAUCAUGGCAGAAAUGAUCAACGGAAAAACCCUUUUCAAAGGGAGAGACUACAUGGACCAGCUGACUCAGAUCAUGAAAGUGACUGGAGUACCAGGACCAGAGUUCGUACAGAAGCUGGACAGUCCAGAGGCCAAAAGUUAUAUCAAGGCCCUUCCACGCCAUCCCAGAAAAGACUUCUCAACGUUGUUCCCCAGAGCCAGUGCAAAGGGUAUCGACCUGCUGGAGAAGAUGCUGGUUCUGGACGGAGACGAGAGACCCACAGCAGAACUAGCUCUUGAGCACCCGUAUUUUGACUGCCUAAGGGACCCAGACGACUUACCUGAGCCUGCGCCAUACGAUGACAGCCACGACAACGCCACAUUGACCCUGGAAGAGUGGAAGCGGUUAUGCUUCAGAGAGGUGAAGAGCUUUGUGCCGUUCCCACGGCGGGACUCUAAGAGGAAAAACACCCUGACUAUGACUCCGUGACCUGAUGAAUGUCUUCUUGUAACUACUGAUGCCCCCCAACCUACACAGCAUACAGCCAAUGGUGCCCUUGUAUAUUCCAACCACGGAUUCACUCUUAAUUUCUUUUCCCCUGGAUAGUGAAGAGUGAUUAUAUUAAAACUGUCACACCUUUUUUUUUGUGCAAAUGUUUCCUAAGUGUGGAUUGCUCUUCAUGUUACAUAUUCCCUAUCACUGAAUUGUCUUGCAAAUGUAUGGUGACCAAAUGUCACAUAGUUUACUGUAAUGUUUUUCAAUUAAAUAAUAAGACAAGA